GUGUUUUUCUCGCUAGUGUUUAUUCUUAAAUAUUUAGUAACCCCAAUAAAUCUUUAUGAAGCGAUGUCUUACGAAUUGACUGAUUAGUUGCGGGCUGUUACGUAAUAAUGAAUAAAGGCUGAUAGUUUCGAAAGAAACUGUUAGGGGCUGCCUAAUAACCCCUUUUUCUUAGUCCGUUCCCUCACGACUUAUGAUCAGACAAAUCUCUUCGGCUGCGAGAGCGCCAGACCUUGUCCUCCUUGAUGAAGAAACACCUUUUGUCCUGUAUUUGCUGUUUUUUAUCCAUUACUUCUCAUUGACUGUUUAAAGGAUACUGUAUCAAAACCUUUAAGGAGAAUUUUAGCACUGAUGACAUGCUCUGCCUCUCAGCUGAGCCCGCCCGGCGGUCGAGUCAUUAUUGGUAAGCGGUAUCUAAUAAAGAGAACACCCUCAAAAUCAAUAUUAUAUUUUUAUCAUUUACUGAAUUUAAAAAUAUGACUUCCGACUCGGUAGGAGGUUGUGCCUUCUGAGUAUUUUUUGUUCAUAUCAAAAGCGUAGUUUAGCUUGCAUAGCUAUCCGUUGAUAAGGCGUUCGCCCGAAACACAUGCUGCAAAAUUUUGUUCCGUCCUUGAAACGUACUCGUCUGGUGAACUGCAUGGAGGAAAUUUAAUGACUUGGCAAGAAUGACGAUACAAUAAUCGCAGCUGUAAUGGACUUUGUUCCUGUAUUUCUUGGUUGGAAUCAUGGAAUUUUAUGAACCACCAAAUAUUCAGCUGAAUGGCUUCACGCCUAUCAAUCCAGACGAGAAUUUACCUGCAGGUCCAUCUGUCGACCGGUACGGUUUUGUCGGAGAUCACAAACAAGCCUCAGACAGCAAAACUGGGUUACCCGAUGAAGUAACAAGGCAACGAGAAAUGAAAUGGGUGCACAUGUUAGAUAACUGGGAUAAAUGGAUGACAAAGAAGUCCUCAAAGGUAAAGGAAAGAUGCCGCAAAGGUAUUCCUUCUUCUGUUCGUGGGCAGGCUUGGCAGCACUUAUCAGGCAGUGUGGAUCUAAAGAAGAAAAAUGAAGGAAUAUUUCAAGAACUGGUAAUGAAAGAAUCCUCAGCAUGGCAGGAUGUGAUUACUAAAGAUCUCAGCAGAACUUUCCCAUUUCAUGAGCUGUUUAGUGAAAAUGAUGGCUCAGGGCAGAAGGAUUUAUUUGACAUCUUGAAAGCUUACGCAGAAUAUGAUACAGAAACAGGAUACUGUCAGGCAAUGGCUCCAGUUGCAGCAGUCCUUCUAAUGCACAUGACAGCUGAGGAAGCCUUCUGGUGUUUGGUUAUGAUUUGUGAAAGAUACAUUCCUGGAUACUACAAGCCCAAAUUAGAGGCUGUCCAAUUGGAUGGGGCUAUCUUUGGUGGUCUGCUAGAAAAAUGUGCACCUCAUAUUGCUAAACACAUGAAAAUGCACCACAUAGACCCUUUGAUGUACAUGACAGAAUGGUUUAUGUGUCUCUUGGCUAGGAACCUCCCAUUUGCCACUGUACUGCGAGUAUGGGACAUGUUUUUUUGUGAAGGAAUAAAAGUGCUCUUUAGAACUACUCUGGCAAUGAUGAAAUCAGCACUUACUCCAAAAGAUCUUCAGCGUUGUCCAGGGCUCUUUGAGACAAACCAAAGGCUUAGAAAUUUACCCAAGAACUUAAUGCAGGAGGAUUCCCUGAUACCAGCGUCCCUGAGUUUAAAGCUCUCCAUGAAAGACCUUAAGAGGGAACACUCUCAUCAGGCAUCUAAAGGACCAACAUAAUGGCUCACGACAAAAGGAGAAAAUUUAUGAGUUGUAAAUUCAUUUUAUUUGUUCACUGUAAGGAUGGACUAAAUUCUAACUUCCUCUGCUACGAUUAUUUGACCACAGCAAGAGAGAAAAGUUUUAGAUGUUAAAUAUUUAAACAAGGUUAACUACAUAGAACAAGAUAUACAUAAAAAAAGGGCUUCAAUAAAAGCUGGUGUGCAGCUGUCUACUGCCACCUGUAACACCCCUCUACAACCUCUCUUUAGCUUAUUUAGCCCCUGUUUAGCUCGUAUUUAGCAUGUUAAGCCUGUUUAGCCUGUCUUGCAUGUUUAGUCUGUUUAGCCUGUUUUGCUAGCUCUUGUGUUUUGGUCUCAUCUUAGAGCACAGCCACCUUCUACACCAUUAGCAGCUGUUUUAAUUGAGAAUUGAUUGAAACCCCUGCACCAAAUGCAAUCACCUACCUCAAGUUUAUAACCACCAACGAACAACCCAAAAUUUCCCAAUCUACUAAAUGAACUUAAACAAAAACAACAACAUCAACAGUAGCAUACAUAACUCUAACAUGGCCAAUUUACAUUUAUUUAUCAACUCAGUUGUUAAAACCAAAUUAUCGUGUCCCCAUCCAUACUGCACCAAAGU